UAUGGGUGGGUAUACAUUAUUCAGAACCUCACACUGCUAGGGAAAUAUUGUACAGAUACGUUAUUGCCAAAAUUGUACGUUGUAUAAUUAUUGUGAACAGAAGAGGGAAGCAGUUACAAAAUGCGCUUCGAUCUGAAGGAUUUGCUAUUGCUGUCCAUGUCCACCGCUCCAAACGGUGUCAUACGUCGGCACAAGCGAUUCAAGUGCGGGAAAGUGAGCUACCUGGUUCACUAUGAACUGCAGAUGGGAAAGCUGUUGAUCCGCCAGGUGAAGCGGACUCGACGCACUUCCUCCUUGAGAAGCAGGCUGCAAAAGCGUCGUCGUCUUGUGCAGCGAAUGCUGGAGCGAGGAAGUGGGAUGAUCUAUAGAUCAUCAUCCCGGGAAGAUGGAUUCACCCAGACCUUCAUCGAUAACAGCUCGAUUGCCGUGGGCACAGAGGUCCGCCUGGAGACCAGUGCCAGCCAAACGGCCCACCAGGAGUGGAUCAGCAGCCAGGUGGAUACCACCGAUCUGAUCUGCACAAUUUCCAGGGAUCAGCAGACCUUCAAUCCUGUCCAGCAGCUCUCAAGCAUAGCCGUGGGCACAGAGCUGCAACUGGAUAGCUCUGCCAGCCAAACGCUGCUCCAGGAAUGGAUCAGCAGCCAGGUGGACACCUCCGACUUGAUUCAGCACAUGGCCAGGGAACAGCAGACUUUCAAUCCCGGCCAGCAAUCCUUGGGAUGUCAAACUGAGAAACAGGCAGUGCAAAGCCGCAUCACCCAGUCGGAUGUCACCGCCAAGAGCAGCUUCACCCAAACCAAGCUGCUCAGUGCCUCCUUGGGCUCCCAAACCGAGCUCCACUGUACCAGUGCCGUUGUGCAGACCGAGAUUGACUCCCAGCAUAUGAAUACCCAGACCUACAAUGACGAGGAGGAGGUCAUCAAGCCCCAUCUGCAGGCCCUCUAUCUCAUCCACGACUCCAUUAAGAGCCAGAGCGACCUCAUCGAGCACGAAGUUCUCAACUCGGUCAACCAUCUGAUUGAUCUCACCAUGCUAGAAGUGAAACAGAGGCUGCUGGUGGCGGAUCUGCCCAGGGAGGCGUCACUGGAACCAAGGACUCCUGUCCCGGUGAACCAAAUAGGAGAUAAUCUACAAACGGAUAGACUGCCACCCAAGGAGGAGAAUAAAAAAGUCUCUUACAGGCCGAACCUCAAGUUCAGGGUAAAAAGAGUCAGAGGCAGCAAGGACAAGAGGUUGUCCACCGGUCCCUCGUGGAGCUGCACGAUGAAGUGCAGGCGCUGUGGUCUGCACAUGCACCGCAGCAGGCACCGGGUGUCCAGCGAAAACCAAGAAACCCAGACCGAAGUGCAGGAAACGCAGGAUGCGGUGGUCAGUGUGGAAAUGGCCACGCAGACGGAAAAGGAGCGAGGACGCUGGACCCUGAAGCGCAGCUAGGGAGCUGAAAUCUGUGGAUCCCAGGACCCAGAUCCUGGUAACUUACCCCAGCAACCAGGCCGCCGUUCUCGUCCAUGUUGUACUCAUAUUGAUGAACUUGUGUUUUUUGUGUGGCACUUUUAGCAUGUGGCAAAUUGUGACUUAAAGUAAAUGCAAUCGAAUCAGA